AUGGCCACGACAGCACUUUGUUGUGUUUCAAGGGUACGUUUUUUUUUUGUUGAAAAAAAUGCUCCAUAUGUUUCCAAUAACUUCACUUGUCACGAAGAAAAACGAAAGGAGAACAGCUCUAAACCUUUUUGUCAAUGUUUGACAAUAGUGUGAUGGUAAUCAGUGGGAAAACAGUGGAAAAAGUCUCGUGGCGAGACCUGGAAAGUAGUAGAAAGUACUGUAGGUCAGGGAAAAGCAAAACAUUUCGUGUCAGGACCCAAAAGCAGAAAGAUUAGACUUUGUACAUGUGCCUAGUGCCGGAUAUCGUCCGAAACCGAUCAGGCCUUUCGAAUUUCGUGUCGAGACCUAAAACUCGUCGACAUUAGUGCCUUUAAAGUAGUGUCGCAAUAGCUGUUCCCAAAAAAACGACAAUAUUUUCGUGCCAAGACCCAAAAUCCAUGGGUCGAUCAGGCUCCCAAUAACUGGCCUUUUCGAAUUUCGUGUCGAGACCCAAAAUACGUAUAGUAUACUCCAACUACUACUAAUAGAAUAAAUCGUUUGUAUGUUUUGUCUUUCCCGCCGGUAGCCCCCACAUAAGCCUCUUUUGAAUGCUUCUUAUUCUUCUUCUUCUUCUUGUGCUCCGAGAAAGAGAGAGAGAGAGGGUGCUUUGUUUAUCUAUGUGUGUGUCCUCCUUCUCCUUCCAAAUCACUGGAACUUUCCGCCGACAGUACGGCCACCAUUUACCUUUUCUCUCCGUCUCUCUCUCUCUCUCUCUCUCUCUUUCUCCCCAUCUCUUGGGCUCGUUUUAGAGCUCUCGAGGACGAAAAAGAGAGAAAGAGUGGACAGUGGCGGGGAACAGAGCGCUUGAAACAAUCGUGCGAGCCCGGAGAAAGAAAGAGUGCUCAGGGAGAGAGAAAAAGAGAAGAAAUGGGAAUAAUUAGUGAUGUACGUACACCGGAAAUUGAGAUUUGGCCCCGGCUAGAUUUUCUUCGGCUGAAGACAAAUACAAUGCUAUGCUUUUUGAAUGUAAGUAUUCCUAUCCAAUUGUUAAGAAAUAGGCGCGGGUAAAAUUGUCAAUUGCAAAGUUGUUCAACAUAAAAUUCUCUACAAAUUUCCAGUUGAUAACUUUUUCGAGCGAUCAUUGGUUCUCGAGAUAUAGGUGUUCAAAGAUAAGGCGCUCUUGUUACAGUCCUAGACUGAAAUCGUUUGGGUCCAGUUUCGAGUAGGCCAACUAAAUGCCCGGUACAAAUCGGCUUUACACGGCUAUUCUAUGCUAUUUACGCUUAAAUGGAUGUGUACACAAGUGGGAAGUGUUCCGUUUCUUGUACAUACAUUUUAUGAUACACAUCAUUAUUUUAUACAUUCAUAUAUAUAUAUGGGCGAAACGGACGAAAAACGCCCCGAUACGCUCUCUUUUUGGGGCCGAAACGGAGUGAGAACGGUGGCGCCGUCGGCGUCGUUUUCGAUUAGAAAAGAGGGGAAAUAGCGAUUGGAAGGGAUGAAUGAACGAAUGAAUGAAUGAAUGAAUGAAUGAAUGAAUGUAGACGCGAAAAAAGUGAUUGGAAAAGUAAUUAGACACUUUUGAUACGACCUUUUCGAAGCUAUCCGAAGGGUGAAUUUUCAAAAAAUCAUAACUUUUUUCAAAAAAAAACCGAAAGCCUCCAGUUUUAGCUCAAAAUGUAGAGAAAUGUAUGAAAUAUAGAUUAGGCUCAAAAUGCAUUAAAUUUUUGUUGCAGAAAACCGACAAAUAUAGCAAUGAGGCGGGCUACGAAGUGUACACGAUUAGCGAGGAUCAACUCAGACUGGUACGAAUUCUACAAUAUCAACACCCGAUUUCACUUCCAAUUUCUGUCCGCCUUAUCAUCAAUUAAUUUGCCGUGUCUCCCACCCUGCCUCACACACGCAAAACACGAUCUAGUCAACCUUCAAAUAGGUUAUCUGUCACUUCUCAUCCCCCCAAGAUUAGGCAAAAAUCGAUUUGCCGCCAGCAGGGGUCGAACCUGCGACCUUGGGCUUAUUAGACCCACGCUCUAACCGACUGAGCUAUGGCGGCACUGAACGCAGCGGGUCGUCAGGGCGGUGAAGAGAGCGCGCACGUCGCCCGGCCGAGACAGCAAAAGCGGGGGUGAAAAAGGCUCGUAAAUAUGUGUGGAAUUCCCGGGUGUUCUGCAAAAACCCGACCCGUCCUACCCUUUUCCUUUAUUUUAUUUCGUUCACUUCCUUCCAUUUGCCAUUUCCGUUCUUCCUGGCCAAUUCUUCUGCGGGGGCAGCCUUUUUAUGUGUGCGUGACGAGCACUAAUUUGAUUUUUGCUGAUAGCUCGCCUUUUUCUCGCCUUUUCUGACGACUUUUCCAGCGAAAAAUAGUGUUUUUUUUUUUCAAAAAGACGAAGCGGAAAAAAACAUGGAAUCAAAAGACAAAUGUGUCAAAUUUUCGGCCCUCUUCUCCCCGCGUUUCCCCCCAUCCAAAAGUUGAGUAUCUUUUUCAUCUUUUUUUCUGACGGCGAGAAGGUCCAUUUGUCACUUGUUUUUGAAAAAACAAAAUACUCUUCCUCAUGGUGCAUCGCGCAAAAUGAAAAGUUUUAAUUUGGCAGAAACAAAAAAUGAAGGAUCGGAAAGAGGGAGUUCACGUGGAAUAUGUCACGUCUAGACUUAUCGGUAAGCAAAAAUACCUUCUUUUUUUCUCUUCAAAUAGCCGAAACAUUUUUCCAGCAAUGUCGUGUACCGCCGAGACAAGUGAACGAAAAUUUGUGGAAUCGCUGUUGACGGCUUCGCAACAAGUGCAAAAAGCGCAUAAUAAACACGUGAGGGUGAGUCGGACGGGUGGCCUAACAUUUUCACGUGGACUUUCUAGGCCACCGAAACUUUGAAAAAUCAUACAUUUUUUCAAAAAACUCGUACACACCCCGGUUUUGGCUUAUAAUGAAGGAGAGCAUGUGUAGAAUGCCGGCGAAAUGGCGUGGAACACCAAAAAAAAUUGCGAUCAAUACUUUUUUAUGAUGCUAUUUUAGAGACCCGAAUUAUCUGCACUGAAAUUCAUAUUUAGACCUGGAAAAUGUCUUUAAAAAGUCCCCAAUACACUUUUGCAGGUGUGGAACGUCUCGCAACGCCGCCACGACGUCAGCUCCUCGCUGGACGCGAUCCCGUUCGGAUGGCCCGCCGAAACGGCGCCGCCGCUCGAGAAACUGUGCACAAUUUGCAAAAAUUUGGACCAAUGGAUGUUGGAGCAUCCGCUGAACGUCGCUAUCAUCUUUUGCAAGGUCUGUGAAUUGAGAGAACAUUGUUUUUUGAGCGAAUUUUUUUUCAGGGAGGCCUGGAACGCUGUGCAGUGGUCGUCAACGCAUUUAUGCGCUAUAAUGCCAUCUCGGCGACGUGAGUUUUUAGACACAAUAAUGUCAUGGACACUUUGCAACUGACCACUUCGAUCUAGAGUGAUUUACCCCGAUUCUAACAGCUCCGAGAGUCUUCAAACACUAUUUUAAGAGGUUUAAAAAGAAUUGGAGCUCGGUUGCGGAAUGUCUGGUGUCCAUUUUGCAACCAGAACUUUUUUGAACGUCCCAUAACCCCUUUAUUCUUUCAGAGAUGACUCUGUGGAAGACCGAUUCACAAUGCAAAGGUUUUCCGAGCGAUUUCUGGGGCCCGACGGAUCGCCCAGCUAUAAAAGGUUGGGAAUUGACUGAUAAAUGUCUGAUAAUUAUUAUCGAUUUUCACAGAUACCUCACCUACUUCUCCUCGCUCCUUUCCGGCCGGAUAUCGGUGAGCUCGGAGCCGCUGUACCUGCAUCAAGUGAUUCUGAGCCACUUCCAACCGAUCAACGUCUUCCUCAAAAUCUACGAACGUCUUCUGCCGGUCUAUCAGUCUCGAACAGUGUAAGAAUCGAGAAUCCGACAAUAUUUACCAGUAAAAAUUGAUUCCAGGCCGCUAAAAGACGUGAUAAAGUUCGAAAUCGAGGGCACUCUCAAACUUCGCGGCGAUAUUUUCCUCAAGUGCAUCAUCGCCGCUUCUUCGUGAGUAUUUAUCUGCCAUUAGUCUGCGAAAUGCCGUCAAAUCGGGUGCAAAGUGUGCAUGCAUCAUAUUUGACGCACAAACUUACUAGACGCUACCGUAAUAUUCUCAAAAAACUGCUCGAAACGCAGACAUUUGGCCUAAGAACACGGAAAAUUCAAGCGAAAUGCGUCGGCUCUUCCGGACUCGAAAUCACUUAGCACGGGGGUACUUUUGCUCGUCUUCUUCUUCUUUUUUUCCUUUUCUCAUAAACAUAUACACCCUCGUUUUGCUCCCCUAUAAGCCACUUUUGAAAAGAAGCAGCAACCCAUCGGCUUUUCUUUCUGCUUAUUUGUCUCAUGUUUGUAUGCAGGCCGCCCGCCCGCCGGCCGCCCUUUGUCUUUGCCCCGCGAAAACACUUUUUUCUGUUGGCCAGGAGGCCUUUCAGCACCGAAUUGUUGUGCUCAUUUUCCAGAGUUUUAGCGCCUAGUUAGCCAGUUGGCCUUGUUUUUGCAAUUUGGGACGUUAGGCCAUGGAAAAACAUGUUCUGGAAACAGUGUUUUGCAGCCCCGGCUCGGCGUCGCGAUGUCUGUUCACGUGCCAACUCAACACGUGUGCUCUUGAACUGCAGCCCAUCAAUUCGGAAGGAUACAGCAUUGUCAAAUUGCACAAAGAAGAGCUCGACUUGAUUUUUAAUGGUAUUCACUAUGUGUUCUCCCUUAUAGUCUCCAUGUAAUUUCCGUUAUUUUAAGCGCCAGUAUGAGUUUUUCUGAAAAAAAAACACCGAAAAAAUGCGCUUUCCAGACAAAAAAAUCGACAAUCGAGUGAGUGUGCAACUGAUUGUCAGCCAUACAAAGGGUCCGACGACGAUUGCGGAGGCCGCCGUUCAGUCCGUCACCAAUUUGCUGCCGCGGCACAACAGUUAUGAGACGUUCGAGGUUGCGCAAGGUGGGCCCAGAAUUUGUUUGAACUUUGGGGGACCGUAUCUUGAGAACCAAUGGCUAUUUCGAAAAGUUGUCAACUGGAAAGUUGUUGCAAAUUUUGUGCUCAACAACUCUGUAAUUGACAAUAUCACUCCAAAACUCGUCAUUCUCGAGUUAUAGCCCAAUUUCUAGUGGGCACUUUUUUGGACACACAGCUGAGAACCAUGUGCUUCUUCUUUCGUCGGAGAGGGCGAGCCAUCGGAACACAUGUUCCCACACUUUUACUUUUCUCCCAAGACGUUCCCGCACUGAUUAGUCAUUGAAAGAGAGAGAGAGAGAGAGAGAGAGCGGACAACUGCUAUUAUGAACUUCUUCUCCGCCGCGCGCGCAGAGGGCACCUGUUCGACUCUUCAACUCGUCGCGGACUUUUCCUCAAUAACAACAAUUUGGUGUAAGAAUUUUUCGCGAAAAAUAGAAGAAAUCUAUAACCUCUAUGAUGCACCAUGCGCCCCGAAACCCAUUAUUCAUGAAUUUUUACGAGUUUCGGAAAAUCUAUGGAUUCUAAACGUCGACGAGCACUUGGACGAGGAUCUUAGGCUCAUCUCAAGCUCACAACGCUCCAGAAGCGGAGACUGCCUAAAAAAACACGUGCGUUUCCGUUCGGUUUAUGAGCACACACCCCCUCAUCGUACGGGAUCCCUUCUGGUUGACCUAUUGAUCGAGAGUAGCUGGGUAGGCACCUAUCUUCUUCUUCUUCUUCUUCUUCUUCUUCUUCCGCCUCCCCGAUCUGAUCAGACACCUCUAUCUCUCUCUCCCCCCGAGAAAUCCUGACCGAUACUUUUCUUUUGAGGGGGAGAGAACAUAUAGCUUCUGCUGCCGCUGCCGCUGCCUGGGCUCCCGGCGCUCCAGAAUGUUACACUCGGGCUGCGUCUCGCCCGUCUCCGCCGUGCCUCUCGGUCAUCUUUCCGCCCCCUCAGCGGCUCCCAGCUGCUCUACGAUCCGAUUCUUCUCCUUCUUCUUCUUCUUUGUCUUCUUCUUCUUCUGUGUCUUUGGCGGUAGAGAGACAGAGAAGACAUGCUGGUUUUUGAUAAGAGAAAGAGAGAGAGAGAGGGUGCCGACGUUUUUUUUUAUCACCUCUGCUUGGUCCUAGGAUACGUGUCCUAGGAUAUAAAGAAGUGUGUUCGCUUGUUGAUUGGACACUAGGCAAUGCGUCCAAACUUUCUCUAUUUCUUUGUCUUUGUAUCCCGCUUUUUUGGUCUUCUAGACACCAAUAUACGCUUUGCAACCAACCCGACACUUGGCAACUAGCAUUGACCCAAGUUGCAAAACGGGUCGGUUGCGAAACGUCCCCGAAGAUCUCUGAACUGACAGCAUAUAAUUAUAGACUUUGGUGACGUGGCUUCCAGUGUUUUUCCUUCAACGUUUUCGAUGCUUUUCAAGCGUUUGAUCGGUCGGUUGCGAAACGUCGCGAGCGUAAGCUUUGGAAAAAGAUCUCCGAACCGACACCAUAAUUAUAGAGGACUCUCAAUUUUGCCUCAGUUUUCGCUGCCUUUAGAACCCGCUUUUUCUCUCCCGCCUCUCUUUUUAAAUUCUUUAUCUCUUCCCGCCGGCCCGAACACUUUUUAUCAUCCGUCUUUGACGCGGGCGGCGACAACCCCAUCGCCUAUCUGUUUUGCCGCAUCUUUUUUCCAUUUUUCAACACGUUCUCCAUCGUCUCCAAAGUUGACAAAAAUCCGUGUUUGUCUAGGCGACCUCGAACCCCCGCCGAGUGUUUGGCGCGCAAAACUCUAACCUAUUGCGCCAUUUCACACGCUAAUUCCUAGGCGACAGAGGGCGGUGAAGUUGAGGGGUCGAGGCGGCAAUUUUUUUGCAAAUUCCCGUUAUAAAUAAUUAAUGACCUCUAAAUGAGCGCUGGUUGUUUUUUCCGCACACUUUUCACACUUUCCACACUCGAUUCUCCUAUUUUCUAUUUUCGAGCGAAAAAUCUCCGAAAAAGUGAAUUUUCCGUAGAAUACGUUGUCGGGUUAGUGUAAUUCGAUAGGGUAUAUAGGUAUCGCUGGUCAUGUCAUACUAGUCGUCAUACUCUUGCGACAUAAAUACUCGAGACAAAGAGACAGAGAAGAUUUUUGCGCUUGAGCCGUUGAAAAUUUAGCCAGAAAAUAAGGUUUUUCACUGCACACUCUAUGUUAAGGCCUCCUAAUGGUGUUCACAAAUUUUUGAAGGGUAUGUGCAUUCGAGCUUCACAUUCUUCAUGCAAUUUCCGUUAUUUUAAGCGCUUGUACGAGUCUGUAGCAUUUUUUUGAGCUGAGUUAUGAUUUUUCAAAGUUUUCCGUUUUGCAGACGAAGAAACGAAUCGAGCGAAACUAGAGGUGGAAUACAGUACGAUCAAGAAGAAGAAUCAGAAGGCGUUGAAAGGAAACAACGAGACGGAAGAGGAAGUGGAAGAGAUGCCGGUCGGGCCGCCCGUUCCGCCGAAACCCGCCACGCCGAUCCACAUGAACGGAGGACUGAGAGCCGGAGAAUACGGAGCACCGAAUGGGACAGAAGGCGGAGAGGUCGUUGAGAGGUACGGUUAGAAGUUAGGCUAUCGCGGGGCCAUGCUACACUAGACAUGGAGUCAUAAUUCAUAAUUUUCAGACGCGGAAUUCUGCCGGCCUCUCUCCGCGAGAAGAUCAACCAGAAAAAGGAGCUGGAAGGCCGCGCCACGCCGAGCAUCGAGCCGGACCUCGUCGGCCGGGACCGCUACGACAAAGCGUCGCGCUGCUUCUCGUACGUGCCGGCCAAGUCGAUGCAAGAGGCGUUCGAACGCCCGCGCCGCACCUCUUUCUCGCGCGCCAUCGAAAAACGCGAGAAUUCGGUGGAGAAUGUGAGUCAGGAGGAGGUCGCGAGGACCGCCAUCCCGCACAGCCAACACGUCCACGAGAUUGUGGCGCCGACAAAGUGGGACGAGCAGGUGGAGGACGCGAAGCAGGCGGCGUUGCUCGAAGAACUGGCGAGGGCGCCGAGCAGUCGGGACUACUAUUCAAGAGGAGCAGGCGCGGACUAUCAGCAGCCGUACGAGGACGACAACGUGCAGGUCGUCGAUCAGGCACAACGGGCAGUGGUUACACCCACCAGCACACUGCAGAGACGGGGAAGAGCACCGGCGAGGGCGGGCAGCUAUCGGACGCUCAACGACGAUGCGUAUUGGUGAGUUUCUGGUGAACCGGUGACACUAAUAGUGACGAGAAAAUUUGAGCUGCGAUAGGGUUUUCCCGCUGAAAAUUGCCUUGAAAUGCGAGUUUCAUAGAAAAAAACCGUGAGAUUACGGUACUCGCUGCGAGACCCGCUACGGCAUUUCGAGACAUGUUCCUUUAAAGAACGUGGUAGAGUGUAGUUUUUCAGUGAAAAAUCACAUUUUCACCUCAAAUUGUGUGCUUUUUACGGCAUAAACUCAGGAGUAAGUGACGUAAAUGGGUCUAUUCGACUUGUUUUAAAUAUUGAGUCUAAACAUACUGUUGAAAAAAAAGGUUCGACACUGGAAUCGAAGCUGGAAGCCAGAGUUGAGCGGAAGAACUCAACGGAAGAACACGGAAGAGUUUUUAUAUUUUUUAGAAAAUGUUUUCAUGAAAUGUGAUCAACUGACGAAAUGUAUAGCAAAGUGAACUCUGCUCACAGAAAAAUAAUUGUAAAUUUGACUUUACAUACAAAAAAGUUAUUCCUUCCGUCUUCCGUUAGCCCCCUUUUUCACGGAACAACUCGAAUAACUUUUUUGUAUAAAAAGUUAAAUUUACAAUUAUUUUUCUAGGAGCACAGUUCACUUUGUUAUACAUUUCGUCAGUUGAUCACAUUUCAUGAAAAAAUUUUCUAAAAAAUAUAGAAAUUCUUCCGUGUUCUUCCGUUCAGUUCUUCCGCUCAACUCUGGACGCUAUAUCUCAACUACGGGUAGAGCUUGCAAAAAGUUGUCAACUGGUAAAAUGCUCAGUUGACCCCAUUUUUUGAUAUCGGUUUUUCCAACCAAACUCUCGUCGUUUUCAGCAGUGACAUGGACGAAUUGUGCGAUCCCGAGUACUACCUCAACUUCAACAACUCCUCGCCGCCAGCACCACCGCCACGUGGCCAACACGCCGGCGCACGAAGCGUUCAGUUGCCGAGAAAGAAGAUGAAUUUCGAUGCGAUGACGUUAGUGCUCAACGCUCUUCGGCAUUCCUCUUCAUACAUCAUCGUUACUUUGUAGAGACCCGCUCGACGACGUUCUCGAGUCGACAAAACGGUUGGGAUCCGCGUAUUCGGUGGGCGAUGUCCGUCAGGUGCCGCCGCCGCCGCACGCGCACAACGACUUCAAUGAGUUUGCGAAGAAUCUGUCGAACACGCUGCAAAAUAGCCCGGCGAAUGACGUCCGUCAGCACUACCGCAAUCGGAAUUGUCAAUCGGUGACGACACCCCGGAAUGGGUUCACUGAACCACCACCGUCGGAUGCCGACUCGUGGCUGAGUGGAAAACUGAAAAAGGUUCGAAGCAAACGCGACAUCGACCCGGAUAUUGUGAGUUUCACCAACGUUUUUCGUAUAAUUGUAGCGAUGCUACUAGGUUCGUCGUCGCACGCAAGAGAAGAUGCUUCUCGAAGAGCUCAAGGAUUCGCGUGCCGUCGACGAUGAGAAUGCGCAUCGAGUCUCGAACGGAAAUGGACAAUAUCGAUCGGGAGGAGCGGGAGGACUGCAGAACGUCGAUCCAUUGGCAGAGUUUCGAAGAGAAGAGGAACGGCUGCGCAACACGAGGAGUCCAUACGGCGAUGAGAGAUGGUAGGUCUAGUAGUCCUGAACAUUUGGAAUCGCGUCGUUUUGCAAGACGUCGGCGUUCCUGAAACUUACCCGCAUUCGAUUUCUGAGACAAAGUACGAGCACGACAACCGGAAAAUCAUCAUUCAAAACAAAAAAAUGUACGGAUUUUUUGCAGGCGAGGUCGAAUGUGCGGGAAGCCGCCGACUCCACCGCCACGCGAAUCGAGUGCGUCACCGGUGAACGCGCGCGCGACGCCGUCCUCCCAUCUAGAGUCGUCGCGGCAGCGGCACAAUCAAUCGGUGCCGCUCUCGAUGCACCAUCGACAGUUCGACGAGGAUUUUGACGUCAACUCACUGCUCAAUUUCUCGGUACGCAUCGCACCAAACCGGUCCCAGAUCGAAUUGCAAUCGAAAAAUUGCAGCACGACAACCAAAACACGCUGGACCGUGGCCGAAGCUUGUCGCGAGGCGCGCGCAUCCAAGACGCCUACUACGCUUCACAGCAAGACCUCCUCCCGAAUCGCUUCUAUUCGGGACAGGAACGUGUCGCGGCGGCGAUCUACCGCGCGGAGACUCCGCAUCGGGACAUGUACGCGAGCGGAACCAUCAACCGAGCCGAGACGCCCGGCAGAUAUUUUCCCGAGAAUGUGAGUUUUGUUCAUUUAUUCAACUCGACAUAUCUCGGCUGUCAUUGAAGAAGGCGAAAAGUUGUCAACUGAUAAAUUGCUCGAAAAGACAUUGUGCACAUUUUAUCUCUUCGCAACUUUUUGAUAGCUACACAGACAGCUGAGAACGGUGUCAGGAUGGUUCCCAUGCCAAAACAAAGUGUCAAAUGGAAACAUAGCCACCGCAAUCCAUUUCUCAUGCCCGCAAAGGAAAAGAGGCGUAACAAUAACAUUAUCAUCGUCUUCUCCCCCCCUUUUUCUUUCUUCUCCAACUUUGAAAAAGCACAACUUUUUUCUUUUGCAAAAAAAAAAAAACAAAAUGCAACACAGUUUCAAUUGCAGAGUGCUGUCCUCGAACGUGCCGCCACGCCGUCGUUUCCGGUCUCGCGUGCCACACCUCUUCCGUUCCAUCCGCUAUUGUACAAUAACGGCGAGCGACAACAACAAGCGCAGACAUAUCAGGCGGGAGGAGGAGGAGGACACAACAACGGCUACAGUACUAUGAAUAAUAGGUGAGGAGGAAACGUGUUUUUCAAACCCCCCCUGACACUGAAAUUUCAACAGAUCCGCGUCUCCGCGCCUCUUCGGCGGUUCCUCGACGCUCAGCAGACGGUCCUCGAUGAAUUCAGUCGGUAGGUGGCCGAAAGUACAGUAA